AUGGUGGUGGACGUGGCGCGCGGGGCGGGCCAGCGCACUGUGGUGGUCCGCCACCCCAUGCCCUACGGCAUCCUGCAGGAGCAGGCGGGCCUGUUUUCAGUCGAGGACCUGGCGGUCCACCACACCACCAUUGAGGAACGCGAGGAGUAUGAGCAGCACAUCAACAACGGCGCCGUCGUGUUUGCAGGCGUUGACUACGCCGCCAUACUCAGCGCCGCCGAGGCCGAGGCCGACAUUGUGCUGUGGGACGGCGGCAACAAUGACCUGCCCUUUUUCAAGCCGGACCUGUGGAUCGUGGUGGCGGACCCGUUCCGCCCCACCGCCCAGGCCAGCUACUACCCCGGCGACGUCAACUUCACGAGGGCCGCCAUCAUCGUGGUCAACAAGGCCAACACGGCACCGCAGGAGGGGGUGGAGGCAGUGCUGGCGAGCGCCAAGAGGCUGAAUCCCAACGCCUUGGUGUUCUGCACCUCUAGUGAGGUGGUGGCGGCGGACCCCUCUGCCAUUGCGAGCAAGAGGGUGGUCGUGGUCGAGGACGGGCCCACGCUCACGCACGGCGGCAUGCCCACAGGCAAGUAG